AUGGCGGUGCCAUCCGACACGCCCACGAGGCGCAACCAGCGCGGUCCCGGCCGCCCUCCACGCGUCGACCCCAGUUCCACACCCACCGCCCCUGCCUCUGCGCCGCCCAAGAGGCCCAAGUACAUUCCGGGUGGACCAGGCGGUGGUGGCCGCUACAUCGACCCAGACACCGGCGCUGAGAUACCUAAGGAGAUUGCGAUUCCGCUGCUCAAGGCGGCUGGCCGGAGGCACAGCGCGCCGCGGCCGCGUCCGUCGCGUACUCCGGCUACAAUCCGCAAAUACUCUCCCGAUGCCGCAUCACCCUCCCGGCCCUAUACGCGCCCCCGGCGUGAUCGCCCAGCUGCUGGCCCGCGGGCCAGCUCUGCCUCUGCCGCUGCCGCUGCAGUAGCCCAAAACGAUGGGUACAAGCCAAGAGAGGAGCGAGGAUGGGAGGAAUUCCACCAGGACCUGGACAUUGAUGCGGAGUUCAUGGUAUUCAGUGCGGAGGAAGUAGAUGGCAUCAGCCCGCCGGUAACGAAGCCGACAACACCCGUUCUUGGGCUGAGCCAGUCCUUCUCGGCACCAGACGACGCUCCCACUCCAAAUGAGGUCCCGGCCCUCAAGACACAAAACUCCUCUUUCGCCGACCCAGACGAGGACAUCGUCAACGUGGGGGGCUCUAGUGAGCAGCCCACGACGCCUACGAUCAUCAAGCGACGGCCUGGCAGGCCUCCACGGCGCCCCGGUUCCAUGCUUACCGGUCUAGGCUCGCCUCCAGCACCCAGGAUUGAGCCACUGCCGACCAAAGACAAGCGCGAAAAACUGAGCCUUCCGAAGCCGUCUUAUCGGACAAUCGAUACGUUUUCGCACUACGAACAAGACCCCUCAGCGCAGGUCAACUACGUUGACCGCACAAUGGCGAGCGUAGGAUAUCAGGAGAGCGACAUGUUCAUACGGCCUGAGAAGCGGUUGAUCCGCAUUGUUGAUGGGAACCUCGAAGAAGACCUGGAUCUUGCGCUGAGUCUCGAAAACGAAACACCUGGUCACCCCAUCGGACGAGUCGAGUAUGACAUGGACGAACAAGACGAUCGGUGGCUGGAGGCGUACAACGCGCAAAGGAAAGAGGAACAAGUCGAGGCCAUCAAGCCUGCGAUUUUCGAGAUAACGAUGACGCAGAUCGAAAAGGAAUGGCAUGCGCUUGAGAAACGGAUUCCCAAGCCAAAUCCGAAACCUCCCCAGACCCAUCGACCACGUUCGAGCUCGGCGGCUGCGGUUAACGGUGAACCGGUGGGGAAUGGUGAGGAACAAGACACAAAGUGUGCUGUUUGUGACGACGGCGAUUGUGAAAACACAAACGCCAUCGUUUUCUGUGACGGCUGCGAUCUCGCCGUGCACCAGGAGUGCUACGGAGUUCCUUUUAUACCUGAGGGCCAGUGGUUGUGCCGCAAGUGCCAGCUGAUUGGCCGAGGAACACCCACCUGCAUAUUCUGUCCGAAUGUCGAUGGGGCUUUCAAACAGACCGCCAAUCCUCAACGAUGGUCGCACCUGCUCUGCGCCAUUUGGAUCCCCGAGGUUUCACUUGGCAACACCACCUUUAUGGAGCCUGUCAUGGAUGUUGAGAAGGUUCCCAAGCAAAGAUGGAAACUGCAAUGCUACAUCUGCGAUCAGAAAAUGGGUGCAUGCAUUCAAUGUGGGAACAAGAAUUGCUAUUCUGCCUUCCAUGUUACCUGUGCACGACGCGCCAAAUUGUUCCUUCGGAUGAAGUCUGCGCACAGCGGACCCGCCAACGUCGAUGCCAGCGUGCUCAAGGCUUUCUGCCACAAGCACGUUCCGAACGAUUGGCGCCGAGAGAACGACGUCGAGACUGCUACACGAGAGGCCAUGUCAUUCUACCGCCAAACGAUGCGAGGCCGGCGGUGGGCAGAAAGCCAAGCGGCAGCAGCCCGCAACUCGUCUAGUGCGAUGAGCAUGGACGAUGAUAUGGAUGAUUCAACUCAGGUGCUAGGCAGCAACAAGCGGAAGCGCAGUCAAUCUACCAAAGGUGUCUGGAGACUACCGUCGGGUGCGCCUGUAGUGCCUCAACUCGUGUACGAGAAAGUUGAAGGGUCGCUAGUACGCUUCAAUGUUCGUAAGCGCAAAGAGUAUGUGGCCGAGGCAUGCAAAUAUUGGACACUCAAAAGGGAGGCUCGCCGCGGCGCGGCUUUGCUCAAGCGGCUUCAGCUCCAGAUGGAAACAUUUUCUUCGAUGGAGAUUACAAGACGUAACUUCGCAGGUAUGGGCGCUGCAGGACGUCCAAGACUUCACCGACGGAUCGAGUUUGCGGAAUUACUCGAGAAAGACAUGGAGAAGGUCAGAGACUUGUGUCGCUUGGUCAAAGAAAGGGAAGAGAAGAAACUCGACGAUGUGGACGUUUUGAAGAGCAUUGUCGACACCGUCUACUUUCCUAUAUACCCUCUCCUUUGGCCGAUACUGGAGAAAGCCCAAAGCCUGGAUUCCAAAGGUGUUUUCAAAGAGGGCCUGGAUGCGAUCGAGAAGAAACUUGAAGAGAGGUUCUAUACAUCUGUGUUGACUUUCUCAGGCGAUAUCGCCGCAGUCUUCCGUUCGGUCCUCGGCAUCGACGAGAUCACGGACGCCCACGAAGUUCAUGAACAUCUGAAUGAUGGAAGCGGCCCCCAUGGCGACUUGACGCCAGAACAAAAAGAUAAGAAAAAGCUGGCAAAGCGGAUCAUGAAGGCAAUACACCCGACCCUUGAAGAUGCCACCGUCAAGGAGGCGCAGAUUGCUGGUAAGCCAUAUGACCAGGAGCUGCGGGAGCUUAAUGCCAUGCUGGACGGUAGCGGGCGUUCGGGACCCACGUCAGCUCAAGCUUCCCACGAUGCUAGCGACAAGGGUAAUGACAAAGGGGCAGAACGACCGCACGUCUCUCAAGACGUAGAAAUGACCGAGGCCAUGGAAUACCUCACGAAUGGCAAUGCGAGGACGAAUGGUCUUGUCGAUGGUGACAGAGAACUGAAAGACCAUGAUGCUGGAAAGAGCACUGGAGCAGAGGCCGACGAGCCUGAUCACGAGGCUGAUGACGCUGCGAUAAGGUUGCAACUGCAGCUGCCUGAAGAAACAACAGAGGCACCCGCGGAAAACUCUGGAGGCGAAUCUACGAAUGCUCGCCAAGGCAGCAUCGGAACCGCCCCGGCUCUGUCCAACUCAGGCAGCACGCAUCCAUCCACAACCAACCCCGAUCCUCUCACACCACCACAGUCUGAUGGAGACGCGCUCGCGCUGUCACACGGUGGGGUGCCAUGGUAUCUGCAGAGUUUUGAUCCUCGCGGCACCACUAUUUACGAUGAGGUCUGGUCUGGCCGUGAGGUUGUACGGGGAAUGAGCGAGGAACUCAGCGAAAUUGACGAUGCCGAGCUUGACGGCAUGUUGGGAGACGAGGAGAUGGUGGAUGCGCCGGCUGACUCCAUGGACGCAGAAGGAAGCACGGUGCAGCGCGCGCAGCGCGCCAAGGCACGGGUGCAGCAGCGGAGGAAUGCAUCGAGACGCGUCAACGGGGUGAACCAAGGCUGA